GCUAGUGUGCGGAAUACGGGCACGGCUUGUGUUUUGUUGCUUUACAAGCCCAAGGCUUCGGGUAGCUGCGUACUGAGGAUGGAGGUGUCGGAUGUGGAGUGCAGUCAGGUGAAGCGGUUACUGAGACAACACGGCCGUAAGUGCUUGGUCUUGGACUGCAGAUCGUUCCUGGCAUACAGUGCCCACCACAUCAGCGGUUCCCUCAACGUCCGCUGUAACACCAUCGUAAAACGCAGAGCCAAGGGCUCCGUCACUCUACAACACAUCAUCCCGGCCGACGAGCCCCGCGGCCGGCUUCAAGCUGGCUUUUACUCCGCCCUCGUCUUAUACGACGAAAGGAGCCCUCAAUUUGACCUAGUCCGGCACGACAGCACCGUCAACACUGUCCUCAAUGCACUGUCGGCAGCCUUCUGCCCAACGCACAUCUACUUCCUAGCGGGAGGAUAUGAGAGAUUUUCUUCAGAAUAUCCCGAGUUCUGUGUAAAAGCAAAACGUCCACCUGGAAUCUCGACAGUGUCCAUCAUCGAAUCCCCGGAAACAAGCCUGAAUGCCUGUGGGACUCCAGUGCAUGACCAGGGUGGUCCAGUGGAAAUUCUUCCUUUCCUUUAUCUCGGAAGUGCGCAUCAUGCUUCAAAAAGGGACACGCUGGACGCAAUGGGGAUUACAGCUCUCCUGAACGUCUCUUCCAACUGUCCAAACCAUUUUGAGGAUCAUUAUCAGUAUAAGUGUAUUCCAGUGGAGGACAACCAGAAAACAGACAUCAGUUUCUGGUUCAUGGAAGCAAUAGAAUACAUUGAUUCUGUCAAAAAUGUUGAUGGCCGAAUUCUGGUCCACUGCCAAGCUGGGAUCUCAAGGUCAGCCACCAUUUGCCUUGCCUAUCUAAUGAUGAGUAAAAGAGUUCGGCUGGAAGAGGCCUUUGAGUUUGUUAAGCAGAGACGGAGCAUAAUUUCACCUAAUUUUAGCUUCAUGGGACAGCUGCUACAGUUUGAGACGCAGAUCCUGGACUCUUCCUGCUCUGUAAAAUCUGCCAGUCCUUCAGGAGCUCUCAGAGAGCAGAACAAGGCAUCGUCAACCCCAACCUCACAGUUCGUCUUCAGCUUUCCUGUGUCUGUCAGUGUUCACUCAACCCCAAAUAAUCUGAAUUACUUACCCAAUCCAAUCACCACAUCACCAACUUACUGAAGGAUUAGAAUUUGUCUACGUUUAAAAACUGUAUUUAACUGAACAUCCAAUCCAGUAGUGUGUUAAGAAAUCUGUCCACUUACUGUAGACGAAUGGACAGUUUAAAUUGACCUAGAACUGAAACUGGCUAGUUUAACAUUUCAUGCCUGAACUGUUCAGUCUGGAAGGAUUUCUUUGCAAUAAGUUUCAAUUCACUUUUGAAUAAACAGGAUAUUUGACUUUCUAAUGAACUAGUUUGUCACAGAGCCAUAGAAUACUACAGCACAGAAACAGGCUUUUUGGUCCAUUAACCUGCCUAGUCCCAUCAACCUGCACCCAGAUGGUAGCCAUCCACAUCUCUCUCACCCAAAUUUCUCUUGAAUAUUGAAAUCGACCCCAUAUCCACGACUUGUGCUGGUAGUUCAUUCCACACUCUCACCACCCUCUGAGUGAAGAUGUUCCACUUUCCUUUGAGCAUUUCACCUUUCACCCUUAACCCAUGACCUCUAGCUGUAGUCUCACCCAACAUCAGUAGAAAAAGCCUGGUUGCAUUUCCCUUAUCUAUUCCCUUCACAAUUCUGUAUAGCUCUAUCAAAUCUCCCCUCAAACUUCCACGUCCUAGGGAAUAAACUCCUAAUCUGUUCAACAUUUCCAAAUACUCAGAUCCUCAAGUCCUGGCAACAUCCUUGUAAAUUUUCAACUUUAUUGAUAUCUUUCCUGUAGUUAGGUGAACAAAACUGCACACGUUACUCCAAAUUAAGCCUCACCAAUGUCUUAAACAAUUUCAGCAGUUUGUCCAUCUCCUGUACUCAAUACUUUGAUUCAUCAAGGCCAAUGUGCCAAAGGCUUUCUUUACGACCCUCUCCACCUGUGACACCACUUUCAAGGAAUUAUGGAUUUGUAUUCCCAGAUCCAUCUGUUCUACCACAUUCCUCAGUGUCCUACUACUCACUGUGUUAGUUUCAUCUGCCAUUCUGCAGCCUACUUUUCCAGCUGGUCCAGAUCCCGCUGCAAGCUUUGAUAGUCUUCCUCACUGUCCACUACACCUCCAAUUUUGGUGUCAUCUGCAAAUUUACUGAUCCAGUUAACCACAUUAUCAUCCAGAUCAUUGACAUAGAUGACAAACAACUAUGGAUCCAGCACUGAUCUUUGCAGAAUUCCACCAGUCACAGGCCUCCAGUCAGAGAGGCAACCCUCUACUCCCACUCUCUGGUUUCUCCACAAAGCCAAUGUCUAAUCCCAUUUACUACCUCAUCUUGAAUGCCAUGUGACUGAAACAUUUUGACCAACCUCCCAUGUGGGACCUUGUCAAAGACCUUGCUAAAGUCUAGGUAGACAACAUCUACUGCCUUGUCUUCACCUUUCCUGGUAACUUCCUCGAAAAACUCCGUAAGUUUGAUUAGAUAUGAAUAACCAUGCACAAAGUCAUGUUCACAAAUCCUAAUCAGUCGCUGGCUCUCCAAAUACUUAAAUAUCUGAUCCCUUAGAAUACCUUCCAAUAACUUUCCCACUAGUGAUGUUAGGCUUGCUGGCCUAUAAUUUCUUGGCUUAUUCUUAGAGCUUUUCUCAAACAAUGAAACAUUAGUAGCUAUUCUCCAAUCCUCCAGCACCUCAACCAUGGCUAAGGAUGUUUUAAACACCUCCACUUGAGCCACUGCAAUUUACUCUUACUAUAUCUUUAGAAGCCCUCAGGAUGUUCCUUCACUUUGUCUGCUAAAGUAACCUCAUGUCUUCUCUCAGCCCUCCUUUUUAAGCGUUCUCUUGCAUUACUUGUAGUGCUCAAGUACCUUAUUUGUUCCUACCUGUCAUGCACCUCCUUCUUUUUCUUAACCAGGGCCUCAGAAUUUCCCAAAAAACCUGUUAUUCUUGCCUUUUAUUUCGACAGGAGCAUACAAACUCUACUCUCAAAGUUUCACUUUUGAACACCUCCCACUGACCAAGUAUACCUUUGCCAGAAAACAACCUGUCCCCAUCCACACUUGCCAGAUCCUUUCUGAUGCCAUCAAAAUUGGCCUUUCUCCAAUUUAGAGUCUCAACUGAGGAGCAGACCUUUUCUUUUCCAUAAUUACCCUAAAACUAUUGGUAUUUUAAGACCAUAAAAUCUAGGAGCAAAAUCAGGCCAUUCAGCCCUUUGAGUCUGCUCUGCCACUUCAAAAUGGCUAACUAACUAUUCCCCUCAAUCCCAAUUAUGAUCACUAGGUAUUAAGUGUUCCCCUAAGCAAACUUUUGUCAUCUGCCCUGUCUCAUUCCCUAAUAGGAGAUCUAGUUUCACACCAUCUCUAGUUGGGAUUUCUAUGUAUUGAUUAAGGAAACUUUCUUGAACACAUUUGAUAAACUCUUUCUCAUCCAACCUUUUUACAGUAUGGAAGUCCCAAUCAGUACAUGCAAAGUUAAAAUCACCUGCAAUAACAACCUUUCGUUUCUUGCAACAGUCUGUGAUCUCUAUAAAUGUACUGCUCUAAAUCCCAUGGAUUAUUGGGUGGUCUAUAGAUCAAUCCUAUUAAUGUGGUCAUACCUUUCUUAAGUUCUACCCAUAAAGCCUCAUUAAAUGAGCUCUUCUGUCUGUAUUGACUGAGCACUGCCGUGACAUUUUCCCUGCCACCCCUCCCUCUUUAAUCCUUCCCACUCUAUCACGUCUAAGACAAAGGAACCACAGAACAUUAAGCUGCCAGUCCUGCCACCAAGUCUCACUACUGGCUACAAUGUGAUAAUUCCAUGUGCUGAUCCAUGCCCCAAGCUCAUCCAUUUUUCCUACAAUACUCCUGCACUGAAAUACAUGCAGCUCAGAACAUGAGUGCCACCACACUCAACCUUUGGAAUCCUGACCUCGUAUGUAGGCGUUACAACAUCGUUCUCCACAACCUCUCCACUAGCUGUUCUGGCACUCUGAUUCCCAUCUCCCCGCAACUCUAGUUUAAACCACACCCCCCCCCACACACACACACACCCCCAAUGCAACACCAGCAAGCCGACUGUAAUCAGUCGCUGUACAGAUCACACUUUCCUUGGAAGAGAGCCCAAAGAUCGAAAAAUCUGAAGCCUUGCCUCCUGCACCAACUGCUUAGUUACAUGCUAAACUGUAUCAUCUUUCUACUUCUGGCUUCACUAAUUCAUGGCAUAGGUAGCAAUCCUGAGAUCACGUAUCUGGUGGUUCUGUCCUUUAGCUUAACACUCAACUUCCUGAACUCCCUGUGCAGAAGCUCAUCACCCAUUCUACCCACGUCAUUGAUACCUACCUGGACUGCAACCUCUGGCUCUUCACCAUCCCACUUAAGAAUGCUGUGGACUCAAUCUGAGAUGUCCCUGACCCUGGCACCUGGGAGGCAACAAACCUUCUUGGAACCUGUUUUUUUGCCCACAGAGAUUCCUUUUUAUCCAACAAAUCCUCUAUCACUACAGCUUGCCUCUUCUCCCUCAUUCCCUUCUGAGCCACCGAGCCAGACUCAGUGAAAGAGACUUAACUGCUGUGGCAUUCCUCUCCAAUAGUAUCCACAGAGGUAUACCUGUUAUUGAGGGGAUUGACCACAGGGUACUCUGCACUAGCUGCCUAUCCCUUUUCCCCUUCUUGGUGGCCACCCAGGUACCUGUGUCCUGCAUCUUGGGUGUAACUACCUCCCUGUAUAUCCUGUCUAUCAACCCCUCAGUCUCCCGAAUGAUCCAUAGUUCAUCCAUUUCCAGCUCCAGCUCCUUAACGCACUCUGUUAGAAACUGCAGCUGGAUAUACUUCUUGCAGGUGAAGUUGUCAGGGACACUGCAGGUCUCCCUGCCUUCCAACGUCCCACAAAAGGAGCAUUCCACUAUCCUGUCUGACUGCUCUAAAUGUGCAAUAAGAAGGAAAGAAACUAUAAAUAACAACAAAAAUCUACCUAUGACCUACUUUUCUCCUGCGCCUUGAUGAGCCAAAGUUUCAACUCCCCUCUCCAACACUGGCCCACUCACAUAAGCCGCUCCACUUAAUCCUAACUUCUUGUUAUUGAUCCUUGCCAAGUGCCUAAUUACGUGCAAUCCAAUGUUUAUCUCAGUAUUUAUAUUGCAACAACUGAUUAAUGCAAGAUUCCUUCUCUUCAAGCAAGCUACCAGAAUAGUUCUCCACAAUAAACUUCCAGAAGGUAUCUCUCUGCUAGUGUUAAAUCAUACUGGGACUUUAUUCUGGUUUUGUACAAAAAUCUGAAAUGGAUGAACGAAAUACAACACUCACACCAUCUGAGUGGAAGACAACCUGAAAUUGAUAAUUCAUGCCAAUCUGCUGCCAUGUGCCUGACUGAUGAAUCAUGCAAAGGACAGUUAGGAAAUCCACGUCCUCGCUUCUCUCUUUGUUUCCUUGCAUGGUUUACUCCUUUUCUGACCCAAUUAGACUGGAACCUAGCAGAAAUCAAGGAGAGAAAAAAACACCAGCAAACAUUUACUUGUGUAUUUGAAGAUCUGUUGUGGAGAUGAUAGUUUUUGUGAAAUCAGUAAAAAGAUGUCUCAUGAUAAAAGACCUAAAGCUGUCCCUCUGAACCGCAGGUGGCUUGCUUUUGCUCAUGUCCUGUGGUUUCUGAGGUAACUGAUGUGUCCACCCGUUGUCUGCCCACCAGCAACUUCCUGCCUGGUCUGUGGCAGUUUGCUGGGUUUCUCUGAGCUCUCUUUGUGCUGACUCAGGGCUGUCCGGGCUAGCCUGAAGGCUUCAUCUUUAUUAAGAGCAGCCAUGGGCCAGGUGCUCCCAGGAGUCUAUGGGCCUGUUACAUUCUUUCAACAAGGUUUUGAGUACAUCCUUUAAUCUUUCUCUCUGACCCUCCAGUAACCUUCUCCCAUGAAAGAACUGAAAUAGAGAUCAAGGUAUUGCCUAACAUUUGGGAGCAGCUUGGAUUUCUCACUCAUACAAAUGAGGUAUCUUGGUCUGCAAAUCCAGUUACCAUGGAAAGAAAUGAUUUGUUGUGGUUGCUGGGAUGGGCUUACACAGCACUUCACCUCUGGAUUUUCUUAGAUGUAAAAAUCAGCACUUGUCCUCUGUGGAAAGUGUAUUCCCUCUUGAUAAUCCCAUUGAAUCCCAGUACUCAGAAAACCUGUGCCAUUCUCAUUGUUGGAAACAAAGUUAUUUGGCUGCAAAGCUGCCCAAUGUAGAGUGAAUCCAGCUGGCCUGUGGUACAACAAUCAGCUAGAGAUUUGGUGUUAGCAGAGACCAAGGGUUAGCAUAGUAUCACCUCACAGAAAUGCGUAUGUUUUGAAAUGAACUUAAAGCACAAUUUAUAAAAAAAGGUGCGACUCAAGCUAACAUUUGAAGCUCACUGGAGCUACAAUGAGAGGCUGGACAUUGAAGACGUUGAACCUUGCAUUUGUAAUACUGCGUGAGCUUCAGUUUGGCCACAGGGUUUCAAAACCUAUUAUAUCAAACUCUCCCAACUGCAAUGUACUUGGACUUAUUUGAAACUUGUUCCUGAUCAGUUUGGUUUGAAUAUCAGUAAUUAACAUUCCAUGGAAGAUUCCACCUUCAUUAGGUGUGAUACCCCGCUGUUAGUUUGUUUGUUACAGUACAGAAACAGCACAGAAUAGGCUCUCUAGACCCUUCAAGUUGCAUCGCCCCGCAACCCCAAUUUAACCCUAGCCUAAUCACAGGACAAUUUUCAGUGACUGGUAUGUCUUUGGACUGUGGGAGGAAAGCCGAGAACCCGGAGGAAACCCACGUGUUCCACAGGGUACAGACUUCUUACAAAUGAUGUCAGACGACAGUCCGAUUCUGUGAUGCUCGGUGACUUUGUCGUCUGUUUUGGUAGCUGACUGUGGCCCUUACACAGCUUAAGCUUCUCACCCAGGAGCAGCUGGAAGAUGUUUGUGACCUCAGCCCCAUUAGAGUGGCUGGGAGGGAAUAUUUUGACUAUGUUCUGCAGUCGGAACGACUGGCCAAGCAUUAUUAGGUAGGAAGAAUCCACAGCAGAGCUGCUGGUCGAGUUGUUGACUCAUAGCUCCAGUGAGGAAUGCCCAAUUAGUCCUGUCUCCGGGGAGUUUACACUUCCUUUCUCUGACCAUGGGGGUUUUCCCUGCGAACUCUGGUUUCCUCCCGAAUCCCAGAUUUGUGUGUUGGUAGGUUAAUUAGCAAUGACAGAUCUCUGCUGAUCUGUGGGGUGAUUAUUAGGGUCCUGGGAAAGAGGGAAGAUAAAAUGGGAACAGCUUAGUGUCAAUGGCAGUUUGGUAGUCAGUGUGGACUCGGCGGCCUAACCUACUUGGUUCUGAGCUGUGUGACCAUGACAAUGCAUACUGCACGCUCAGUCAGAUUUGAGCAUCUCAGGUGCAACUGUUCAAUUACAACCUCUUUUAUAGCUUUCAUUAUAAAACCCAGGAUCUGCUGGGAUUGUGUUGGCAUGCACACGAUUAACCGUGUGAACUUGCAGCAAGACAAAGACUUGUGAAGCACAAAGGUGUCAGAUGGUGAGUGCUGUUCUACCAUUUGCCUCUUAAAAACUGAAUCGUCAUCAAGUAAUUGCUCUAUUUGCACAGUUGGCACAAAUUACCUUACCGCAGCUAGUUAAAAAUACCCAUUUUCUGGUACGGUUACCGUGUUAUUGCAGCUACUCAAUCUUGGGGACUAUUUUUUAUUCUGCUUCUUUCUCUAUCUUUUCCUAUAUUGGAAAGGAGGUCAAGAGAAGAUGGAAAAGGUUUACAUUGAUUAUGGAGAUCUUAACAUAUGUCCAUUUCUACAAAGUUCUACAGACCUUUUGGCCAAGAUUAUUUCAUAAUUCCAGUAAUGAGUGGGACAAAAAUAGCUGGAGAAGGAAAACCUAUUUUACACCACUAAACAUUAAAUUAAUCACUUAAGCACGUUUCUGCAGCAAUAAUUGUUAGUAAAUCCAAUUGUGAUAAUCCACUAAGAAGAUAGUUUGGAAGAUUGUGGGUAUCCAAGGUUGGUGUCUCAUCAAAAUGGAGGUAUUCACAAUCUGACUCUACUCCCUGUUCCUGCUUAACAAGACCACACUGAAUCGGAAAGUUAACCCAAAUACAAUACACAUGAAGUUUUGAUAUUCACACAUGUAUUUAUGAAGAAGGGACAAUAAAUAUUGUUAUUUAAAAUUGCAUGAAAAAAUGUGUACAAUAAGCGGUAUAUGAACGUGGUUUGGUAUUUUAUGUACCUAUCAAUCACUCUGAAGGUCAAAACCUCUUUCUGAAUUAUUUGUUGUCUGACCAGCUGUUUGCAAAAGUAAGAAAUAGCAAGAGAUGUUUUCAACAUUUAUUGGUUGUCAUGGGUGUGUUGACAUUCCUUUACUGCUUUUUUUGCUCUAUAUUGUAAUGGGUUAACUUCAAAGAGAUUACUCAUGGAUGUUUGUGGACAUGGAAUUUCUGUAACUUGUAUGACAAAGGUUCAUGGACGUGCUGAUAGCUACUGUAUUUAUUGUAGUAAAGAGGAUGCAAAAUAAAUAUUUUCCCCA